AGGACCUUUAUUUUGAAGGCGAAGGUUUUCAGCUGUGGGGAAUGUAAACAGUGCUGGACAAAAGGUAAUGCGAAUUUUCUUUCUCCCUUCAAUGAAGCUUCUUCGCACCUUCGACACGCUGAAGAUUCAAAGUUCUCGAAGCAGCUAUCAGUGUAAACUGGCUAAAAGUGAUUGUUAAUGAAACCGCAUAACCUUUACCUCACUCCAUGUCAAUGUGCUCAGCCCUACUGCCCCGCCGCUCCAGGGUGUGGCGUGGUGUUUCUCCAGCGCUCAAACACAUCAGAUCCGCCAGUGUAGCUGAGCCGGGCACAAGAAGAUCUAAUGAGGAACAACUCUGGGAGGCAGCAGGACACCUGCCGUUCUCCAGAGCCAAGAUAGGAUCUUUCUUUCAGGAAAGGCCAGUGCUGAAGAACCCAUUUCUAGAGGAUGCCUUGCUCAGAGGAUACCUGAGAAGACACCUGCCCCAGGAGGCAGCUUUCUCAGACUUGUGUGCAUUUGGAGAGCGUGUUGCAAAUGAAGUGGACGGCUGGGGAAGAGAGUGUGAGGUUACUCCUCCACGUUUGGUGCACUUUGACCCCUGGGGCCGCAGAGUGGACCACAUCGUGACCUCCCCGGCUUGGAAACGCAUGAAAGACCUGUCUGCACAGGAAGGACUGGUUGCCAUUGGUUAUGAGAGGUCAUUUGGGGAGUGGAGUCGUGUGUACCAAAUGAGCAAGAUGUACAUCUUCUCUCCCUCCUCUGGUCUCUACACCUGUCCUCUGGCCAUGACUGAUGGGGCCGCUAAAGUCAUCCAGUCCAUAGGUGUUUCAUGGCCGGUGGAUGAAGCUUUCGAUCGUUUGACCACCCGUCGGCCAGAACGUUUCUGGACGUCCGGACAGUGGAUGACGGAAAGACAGGGAGGAUCUGACGUGGCCGGUGGCACAGAGACGGUGGCUGUUCCCCAGACAGAUGGUUCAUACAAACUACACGGCUUCAAGUGGUUCACCUCUGCUACGGACGCAGACAUGACUCUCACGCUGGCCAGAGCGCAGGACACAACAGGAGCAACCACACCGGGCAGCAGGGGUUUGUCUCUGUUCUACGGAGAGGUGAGUAGAGAUGAGGAUGGACGACUGAAAGGUAUAGAGGUUCAGAGACUGAAGGACAAGCUGGGCACAAGACAGAUGCCGACUGCUGAGCUACUGCUGGACGGCCUGCCGGCACACAAGCUAUCAGAGGAAGGGAGAGGUGUGGCCUCCAUUGCUAACAUGCUGACCAUAACCCGGAUCCACAACAGCACGUCUGCAGCAGCCGCGAUGAGAAGGGUGGUCCAGUUAGCUCGUGACUACGCCACUCGCCGAACUGCCUUUGGAAAGCUUCUUAAAGACCACCCGCUGCACAUGCAGACUCUCGCUAGGAUGGAGGUGGAGACUCGUGGGGCGUUCCUUCUGGUGAUGGAUGUGUGUCGUCUGCUGGGCCGAGAGGAAAGCGGCAUGGCAACGCAGCUUGAUGAACAUCUGCUGCGCCUGCUCACUCCUGUGGCCAAACUGUACACUGGGAAGCAGGCGGUGGCUGUGGUGUCAGAGGGUUUGGAAAGCUUCGGUGGCCAGGGCUACAUUGAGGAUACCGGGUUGCCUGGUCUACUUCGCGAUGCACAGGUGUUGAGUAUAUGGGAAGGGACCACAAAUGUUCUGUCUCUGGACGUGCUGCGCUCUGUGGCUCGUAGCUCAGGAAUGGUUCUUCAUGCUUACUUCACCCAUGCCAAGUCCCUGCUUGCAGGUGCAUCAAAUGUGUCUUCAUUGUCCCCGGCGGUGAAAGCAGUAGAUGGUGCUCUCUCUGAGCUGGAGGACUUUGUUCAGACAGCAGCUACAAGAGCACCCGGCUACCUGGAACUAGCAGCCAGAGACCUGGCAUACAGCCUGGCUCGCAUCUACACGGGUGCUCUACUCAUUGACCAUGCAUGUUGGAAAGGAGCCUCUUCAUCUGACACCUAUGCGGCUCUCAGGUGGUGUGAAAGAGACUUGUGUCCUGUGGUAACUAAACAGGCGAGAGGCUGCUACGAUCUCAGCACUGCAGCACUCGAUGCUGCGCUGGUGUAUGAGCGGCCCAUCCGAGGCUGAAUGAGGUGAGGCCACAGCUGUGCCUCACUCAAAACUCAACUAUGUGGCAGAUCCACUUACUGUAUCCCACUGGUUUUAAAUUGUGUAGAUUACUGAGACCAUGUAUUAUUAAAACAAAUUAAACCCAGAAAUGAAAAUGAACAUGGAGGUUUUUAAUAAAAUGUAGUUCUGUCUAUCUGAAGCAGUUAUGUGAUUUGGUAGUUCUGAUAUUUACGUCUGUAUACAAAGUAUGUGCAAAUAAUACAGAUACUUUACUAGUAUUUAGUUUUACUAUUUUUGCACUGUCCAAAUGUUUUUUGGAAGCCUGGAUUCAUAAGCGGACAAACAAAACAUCAACCCUGGCUUUUCACAUUCACAGUCAAGAUCACCCCCACAGAUGGAUGUAAGAUCAACAAACCACAAAUAAACAAGAGCACAGGUCAGUCAGAAGCAAGAGGAGAAGACAAGCCCUGAUUGGCUCAGAUGGCAGGAGGGACUGAGAUGUGCGUAUAUGCUGCCUUCUUGUACUGUUAGAAAAAAAAUGUUGAGCUCCAAAACUGAAAAAU